CGCUCCGGCCAGCCCGCGGGAACCGGGGCUGCCGCCGCAGGAGCCGCUCGCUCGCUCACUCCGUGGCAGGGGGAAAGUUCGCUGCUCUUCCUCUUCUUCCUCCUUCUCCCCCGCACACGCAGACCCCGCGGAGCCCCCGGGCAGGGGCAUGGCGGACUGACCGCCCGGCCAGGGCGGGGGGCGGCCCCGCCGCACCUGAGCGGCUGAAGGGAGGGGGGAGGCUGCCCCGUUGUGCCCCGGGGGCGGCCAUGCGCGGCGGUGGGGCUGAGCGGUGAGCCCCUCUGGCUCUGGCUGCCCCCGCCGGCCCAGCCGAUAGCCGCCGCGGGGGGGGGCAGGGCUGGAGGGCGGCGGGGAGCCUCCCCGGGGAGAGGGGGAAGUGGGGACCUCGCCUGCCUCCGCCCGGCCGAGCGCCAUGCCGCGGCGGCUGGCCUGGCUGUGCUGCUGCUGGGCGCUGCUGAGCGGCGCCUGCCGCCCCGCCGAGCCCGCGCUGCCCGCGGAGGGCGGGGAGCCGCCGCCCGCGGCCGCCUCGGGCUUCCUGUACCGACGGCUGAAGUCGCACGAGAAGCGGGAGAUGCAGCGGGAGAUCCUCUCGGUGCUGGGCUUGCCCCACCGGCCCCGGCCGCUGCCGCGGGACCCGCCGGCCCCGGCGCCGGGGCGCCUGACGGCGGCGCCGCGCUUCAUGCUGGACCUCUACCACGCCCUGGCCGAGGGCGCGGAGGGCACCGCGGGCGCGGAGCGGGGCCACUCGUCGCCCCCUGCCCCGCAGCCGCCGCUGCCCAGCUCGCAGGACAGCGCCUUCCUCAGCGAUGCCGACAUGGUCAUGAGCUUCGUCAACCUGGUUGAGUACGACAAGGAGUUCACGCCUCACCAGCGGCACCACAAGGAGUUCAAAUUCAAUUUGUCUCAGAUUCCGGAGGGCGAGGCCGUCACAGCCGCUGAGUUUCGCAUCUACAAGGACUGCGUUGUGGGGAGCUUUAAAAACCAAACCUUCCUUAUCAGCAUCUAUCAAGUGCUGCAGGAACAUCAGAACAGGGCCUCUGACCUGUUUCUGCUGGACACACGGGUGGUGUGGGCCUCAGAGGAGGGCUGGCUGGAGUUUGAUGUCACCGCCACCAGUAACAUGUGGGUGAUGAACCCUCAGCACAACAUGGGACUGCAUCUGAGCGUGGUGACUCGGGAUGGUUUCAGUGUAAAUCCUAGAGAAGCAGGCCUUAUGGGCCGAGAUGGCCCUUACGACAAACAGCCUUUCAUGGUGGCCUUCUUCAAAGUGAGUGAAGUUCACGUACGGACCACUAGGUCAGCAACGAGCAGGCGCCGGCAACAGAGUCGAAACCGCUCUACCCAGGCUCAGGAUGUUUCCAGGGUGUCUAGUGUCACAGAUUAUAACAGCAGUGAUCUAAAAACAGCGUGCAGAAAGCAUGAGCUUUACGUUAGCUUCCAAGACUUGGGAUGGCAGGACUGGAUAAUCGCUCCAAAGGGCUAUGCAGCCAACUACUGUGAUGGGGAGUGCUCGUUCCCACUCAACGCCCAUAUGAACGCAACCAAUCAUGCCAUUGUACAAACUCUGGUUCAUCUUAUGAAUCCUGAUUAUGUUCCCAAACCAUGUUGUGCACCUACCAAACUAAAUGCCAUAUCUGUUCUUUAUUUCGAUGAUAAUUCUAACGUAAUCUUGAAGAAAUACAGGAAUAUGGUAGUAAGAGCUUGUGGAUGUCACUGACAAACAGUCUUCACAUGGACUAUGCGAUUCUACCAUGAACUUCCACACCACAUUCCCUGCUUCGAUGAACUACCUGACCUUGGAGGAAAAAUAACUGAUGGACCACCUUUCAAAACACCAUGUAUGUGCCUUGUGGGAGGAAGGAGGGGGUGAGGACUACAUGCUGGGGUGCGAGCAAACUGCUGGAAUUCUUACCGACUGACCCCAGCGCCGCGGUGGCUGCUCAGCAUUGCAGAGCCGGAGCGCGCAAAGCAGCAAUAUGCCCACACAUGCUUUAUUUGUCUGGGAUGGUCUUAAUCUCACAUAGUGGCUUGGCAUUUAGCAGUUUUGGAUGUGUGCUGCAGUUUUACCAGAUGGGCACCGGACACCCAAAACAACUGAGUCUUUUUAGGGAGAUGGGGAAAGAUGAGGGGAGAGACAGGAGAAACUAGAGUAAGGAAGGUGGUGUUAGUACUUCAGGCUUAGAGCAUCCAUCCUGUAUAAAAUGGAUACUAAAAAAUUCCUAAGAUUAGGAAUUGCCUAUUGUCUAGAAGGACCAGUUACUACACCUAGCCUGUUAGUCUCCUGAAGUCUGUAAUCAUCUUAAAUCGUGCCAAAGCAAAUGUUUCAGUUCUCUUAUUCUCCAAGCACAGUUUAAGUCAGUCUGAUCCUGUGUAAGGUGGCUCGGCUGCAUCCUGUGUUAGAAACAUUAGUGUGAACUCAGGCGCUGGCUAGUCCUUCCCAUUCACUACUAGACUGAGCAGUAUGACUUCAUACACUUGUUCUUACGCAACUUCCUUCCACUCCCCACGUGGAGCUGCCUCAUCUACUACCACUUGCCCAGGAAAGAAGAGGGGCUGCUUCGACAGCUGUAAUUCAGAUGUAAAAGUUUAGGGGCCAUUCGUUCUCUGGCUGGACAAUUUAUUUACAGGAAGACAGAAUGUCAACAACAUAGGCAAGUCUUUGGCCAACCUUCCCCAAUCAACUCACGCAACUAACAAACUGGUAUAAAGGACACAUUCGUAGCGUAGCCACCGUUUGUCUAGCAGAAGCUAAUAGCAAAUUGUUUUGAUCAAUAUUAAACUUGUAUUAAAUGCACUUACCUCUAAUUCUUGCAUUUAAAAGGCUUCUUGUAAAUACAAGCUAUAAUUUAUUGCACUUGUCACUGUAUAUUCAUUGUGCUGUAUCAUUUAUAGAAAGACUGCUUUUUGAAAAAGUUUUUAUUUAGAAAAAUCUCAGUGUAAACAAUUGUACCACUCUGAUUUUAUACAAGAAACUCAUGAGAUUGUGCUUCACUAGAAAGUUGUUAAAAACAUGAUAAUAAAGGCUUCCUUUAAGGCAGAAGUAUACACAUUGAUCUAAUACAUCUGCCAGUACAACA